AUGGGGGUGCGCGAAUGUCCUGCCCUGCUUCUUCUGCUGUCCUUGCUGCUGCUUCCUCUGGGCCUCCCAGCCCUGGGCGCCCCCCCACGCCUCAUCUGUGACAGCCGAGUCCUGGAGAGGUACAUCCUGGAGGCCAGGGAGGCCGAAAAUGCCACGAUGGGCUGUGCUGAAGGCUGCAGCUUCAGUGAGAACAUCACUGUCCCAGACACCAAGGUUAACUUCUAUGCCUGGAAGAGGAUGGAGGUCCAGCAGCAGGCUGUUGAAGUCUGGCAGGGCCUGGCCCUGCUCUCAGAAGCCAUCCUGCAGGGCCAGGCCCUGUUGGCCAACUCGUCCCAGCCAUCCGAGGCCCUGCAGCUGCACGUGGACAAAGCUGUCAGCGGCCUGCGAAGCCUCACCUCCCUGCUUCGGGCGCUGGGAGCCCAGAAGGGAGCCGUCCCCCUUCCAGACGCAGCCUCUUCUGCAGCCCCCCUCCGAACAUUCACUGUUGAUACUUUGUGCAAACUUUUCCGAAUCUACUCCAAUUUCCUGCGGGGAAAGCUGACGCUGUACACAGGGGAGGCCUGCAGGAGAGGGGACAGGUGA